AUGCUAGACUUCAUCAAGUCAAUGGUACGAAGAGACAAACAACAGUGGUGCGGUGUCUGUCUCUUUGAGCUCAAUCCGACGGCUAAAUCGCUCCCGUCGGACGUAGGCGAGCGAUGGGAGUAUGCAUUUGCCGAAUCUGACGAUCGCGAAUUCAGAUUCACGGAUCUGGUUAAAUCCUCUGAACGUGGUUGCAGCCGGUGCACAGCUUUUAUCAGAGCCUUCAAAACACUGGAAAUCGAAUUUCAUGAAGCCACAUGGAACCCUUACGUAAACUCUCCGGGAAGUCCACUUUUAGAAAUCACAACCGCCGAUGGCACGAAGCAGAAUUUGGAGAUUUGCUGCAGCGAUGCGUCACUGGAUAAGCCCGUACUAUUUGCAGACGAGCCGCCAUCGCCGCAUGCUGCUCUGUGUAGAGGCUAUAAACUCUCACGCUCAACAGGAGACGAGAAAUCUCUCAGUCAAGCGGCUGCCUGGUUAGCCGCCUGUCGAGACUCUCACGGCGAAUGCCAAGCCUAUGAUGCAACAUUUGUGCCAACCCGACUUCUCUACUUGGGAAAGGAACAAGCAGAUUGUCAAUUCCUCGAGCUGGUCGAGAAUUUGGAGCAUGCUGUGCCAUAUGCUGCCUUGAGCCACAGAUGGACACAGGAAACGCCGACAAAGAGUCUCCUGGCAACUAAUAUGCUGGAUCGAAAGCAGAAUGGGAUGCCUCUAUCAAGCUUGCCAGAGAUGAUGCAGGAUGCCGUGUCUGUGUUGCGGCGACUGGGCAUCGAGUACGUAUGGAUCGACUGUCUGUGCAUAGUGCAAGAUGACAAAGAGGACUGGAAAAGAGAGGCAUCUUUGAUGGCAUCGAUCUACAAAAAUGCGGACAUCACAAUUGCGGCCUCCUGGUGCGACAAGGUCGGGCAACGUCUUUUUCGAGAUCACAGCGCGCCUCAUGAAUCGGGGGUAGAUGUUGCCGAGAUUGGUGGCCAGUCCAUCUUUAUUCGCCGCAGGAAGCCUCAUUUCAGCUGGAUGGGCGACGAGUCAUAUUGGUUCGGCCAGGCGACGACCGAGGAUCCUGAGCUAGAAUGGCCGACUUUGACUCGAGGCUGGGUCUAUCAGGAACAGCUGCUAUCCCGUCGAAUGCUCCAUUUCACACGAAAUGAACUUGUUUGGGAAUGUCUCGAGGCAACCCAGUGUGAAUGCGGGUGGCUCGAUAAUAAUAAUGUCCGUCACCAGGGGGCUACAGGGUCCUAUAAACGAGGUACUAGCGACAAAUCAUGGGUUGAGGUGAUUAAAGAAUAUGCUAAACGUCCUCUGACUGUUGCCACGGAUAGACUACCCGCUCUGGGAGGCAUUGCUAAGACGACUGCGGUGGCAAAGGGAUAUGGUACAGAAGAGUACCUGUGCGGGCUUUGGGAAAAUGAGCUUGAAAGCACUUUAUUUUGGUAUCUUACCGAGCCUCCCCGUGGUCCGCGGCCCAAUCCCCAGAUCCCAACGUGGUCAUGGGCCUCUGUGGAUGGAGAUAAAGAGUGUUGGCAGACUUCUUUAGAGGGCAUCGAGUUUUUGGGAAGCGACGUGAAAUAUGCCUCCGGUAGUGAUCCAUUCUUGGGCGAUGUGGUGAGCGGAACAUUGACACUCGCUGGGCAUGUCGUUCCUGGGAUCAUUCAUCACGGCCAGGAUUGGACUAAGACUUUGGAAGCAAUGCGCGAUGCCACAGAUACUUCUCAUCUGCUGAUUAGCGAGAGGGGGACAGACUAUGGAUUGCAUAUUUGCGGACAGUUUACCACAUUCAAUCCAGACUACAGCCUAGAUUUGCCAGGAAAUGACUACGUCUCUUCCAGUUCGCAAGUCUUUUGCCUGCUCUUUGGACGCACAACUUCGAGUGAGAUGGAUCCUGAAGACGAAGGAACUGCAGGCGAAGGAACUGAGACCGUCAGAGCGAAUCUCCUCGUGUUACGCCGUACGAGCGAAAACCCUCCUCGGUACGAGAGGAUUGGAGUGAACGAGUGCUCUAUCGAACUAGAUACGUUUCUAAGUCAGUCUGAAAGAUAUCAGCUGACUUUGGUAUAA